ACAUCAUAGGAUGACGUUAAAGAAAGGAAUUUACAACCAGAAGAGCAUGGCCAAUGUCAAGUGGCGCUAUGUUCCUCUUACUAAGAGUAACGGCCCCACACCUAGGCCCAGGCACGGUCACAGAGCAGUGGCAAUAGAUAACAAGAUAAUCGUGAUGGGAGGAGGAAACGAGGGUAUAGUUGAUGAGCUGCACGUCUACAACACGAAAGCUAACGAGUGGUCAGAACCUCACGUAUCAGGUCAGGUUCCUGAGAACGGGGUGGCAGCAUUCGGUAUAGCUGCUCACGGUCACAACAUCUACAUUCACGGGGGUAUGAUGGAGUACUGCGAGUACAGUAAUGAAAUGUUCAUGUUGAACACACAUACGUGGGAGUGGACUCACAUUAAUAUCACUAAUAAGGAUACUGUAUGUCCGAGGUUGGGGCACAGUUUUACUCUGGUAGGAACCACAAUGUACACAUUUGGAGGUCUAGGCUGCGAGGUGGACGAUCAGAACCAGUUUAUACCACGUUAUCUGAACGAUAUUUACACUAUAGAUAUAUCUCAUAACGAGGAGGGGUCUGGUCCUACCUGGUCACAUGAGGAUCCUGCUGGAGAUGCACCUUGUCCACGGGAAUCUCACACGUGUGUGUGCACUAAAGACGCUAACGAGAAGUCAGGAGCUCUGUACAUAUUUGGGGGUAUGAGCAGUAAAGCAGAGCGGAUGGGGGACCUCUGGAGGCUGGACCUAGCUAAGAUGAUCUGGAUACCAGUCAUUGCUAUUGGGCUGCCUCCCUUGCCAAGGAGCUUGCAUACUGCUAAUGUUAUCGGCAACAAAAUGUACAUCUUUGGAGGAUGGGUAGCAAUAAACCAGAAGUCGAAGAACAAGACCGUGUUUUUACCAGAGAAAGAGUACAAGUGUACUAAUAGUACCGCCUGCUUUAACAUGGAUACUAUCACGUGGGAGCCGGUGUACACUGAGGGGUUCGAGGACGCUCUACCGAGGUCACGUGCUGGUCACGCGUCUGCUGUGGUUAACAGUAGACUGUAUAUCAUCAGUGGGAGAGAUGGGUACCACAGGGCUUAUAAUAACCAGACGUGUUUUAAAGACAUGUGGUUCCUGGAGACAGACAAGCCUCCAAUACCAAACCGUGUACAGUUGAUCAGAGCAAGCACAUCAACUCUGGAGAUAUGCUGGAUUCCUGUUGUUACUGCGGAUGCUUAUUUGCUACAAAUACAAAGACUUGACAACUCUGAUGUAAACGAGUGGUACGAUGUGGCGGUGGUUAAAGGAAAUAGUCUAGUUGUUUCCCACCACCAUUCCAAACCAUCUUCCGAAGAGGUUGAUGAAAACAAGCCUAUAGAGCGACUAGAACUAUCUCCUGGUACAACCUACAGGUUCAGGAUCGCAGCAAUAAACGCGUGUGGGAGAGGGGAGUUUUCAGAGCCAGCUGCAUUUAAAACUUGUGUUCCUGGCUUCCCUGGGGCUCCCUCUUCUAUUAGAAUCAGCAAGGGUAAUGAUGGCGCACACCUGGCUUGGGACCCACCAGCCAACUCCAAUGGUAACAUCUCAGAGUAUUCAGUGUAUCUCGCUAUAAAGAACUCCCAGUCCACAGAGAGCCCCAGUUCCCUGGCUUUUGUUCUCGUUUACAGAGGUGACAGUCCUAGUUGUACAGUGAAGACCACCAGUCUGCAAAACGCCCACGUCGACCAAACAAACAAGCCGGCCAUUAUUUUCCGAAUAGCUGCCAAGAACGAGAAAGGCUACGGACCAGCUACCCAAGUGAGGUGGUUGCAGGACACUAAGACUAGCUCUAAUAAACGUCCUGUUGAUAAGAUGAGUUGAGGAGGCUGACAAGGGUAGACUCUGGCUUAUUGGUUAAUGUUUUAUGAACUGCACGAUUUCUUAAACUUAUUCGUUCGUUGAAGACUGAAUUUCAUAUGCCUAGAUAUUCAGAAUAGCAUUUGGGUUACUUACUUGACAUUUCAGAGCCCUCUAAAUGACUAUAUUUAUACCGAACUCCGAGCGUGUUAAUAUCCCAAAUAGACUCAAAUUAAACCCGUUUAAUACCUGUUUGAUAACUGAAAUUUAGAAGAUCUUAUAUCCAGACUAAUUUCAGUAAUGUUCUAUUUGUUAAAUGACUGUUAACACUUUACAUUUACAAUAACUGUUAUUCUUUCUACUGGAGCUAUUUUGCAGGGCAUCAUUUUAGUGUCUGUAUUUAUUUUCACUUCUAAUUUAAAUAUAUUCGUUAUUUCUUCAAUUCA